AUGAGAAGUUCCUUGCUCGCUUUAUCGCUAACCCUCUGUUUUUCCUCUGUCUAUUUCCCUAAUUCCGUAGUUCUUUCGUCAUCCGAUGAUGAUGGGCAGUGCAGAGCUUGGCUUGUUCAAUCAAUUCCUACUGACACGCCUCACCUCUCUCUCGUUCCCGGCGUUCUUGCAACUGCCGAUGUUUUCCGGUGGCUGGCCGGAAAUUCUUCACGGAACCUAGACAUAAUCGCACAGUACUGGCAAUUAGUGGCACAUCCAGAGGAUCCCCGUUCAGGGGAUUAUGGGUAUUCGAAAGAUGAUAUGCACAAAUUUGGGGCCAAUGAUGGAUAUGAAGUUUAUCGAGCUUUAGAGAAUGCAGCGGAUCGAGGUAUUAGUAUAAGAUUCUUACAGCACUCGGGAGUCUAUCCCGAUUAUACUGAAGAGCCAUCCACCCUCGCAUUAGGAAGGCCGAAUGUGAAAAAUGUGACAUUACUUCUUAAGGAGUGGUGGGGGUCUGGUAUCGUACAUGCCAAGGUUUGGAUAUCUGACAGCCGAGAUGUGUACAUUGGGUCUGCAAACAAUGAUUGGAAAUCUUUAACGCAGGUGAAGGAAGUUGGGAUUUAUCUUGCGGGCUGCCCAAGAAUAGCAAGGGAGGUCGAGAUAUAUUUUGACAACCUGUGGAAACUAGCCCAUCUUAACUCCUCGAUGUAUACAAAAUCAGUGUGGGACCAACAAUGGCAAACCUUCCGGAAGGUUCCAUGUUGGUCACAUUUUAUCCAUCGAGAAGAAAGGUGCAGAUCACCUAUUCCUAAAUAUGUGGAGAUUGAACAUGUGAUUGGUUACCCGGUGCUCUCUGAUCCUGAUAUGUUUCGUAUUACUAUGGACACUCCCGGACAAAACUAUUCAGGAUCACAGCCUUAUUCAAGCUAUCUUUCUUUCGCUCCUCCAGAGCUAUUGUUUGGAAAACAUCAGACCGACGAACAAGCCUGGGUGGAUACAAUUAAAUCUGUAGGAAAUGGAGCAACUGUUAGAAUAAGCACGAUGGAUUGGCUUGGCCAGUCGCAAUACUCGUCAGAAACUGUCUAUUGGUCAUCCUUGUCUUCAGCUAUAUCCGAGGUUGUUUACAGCAAACACGCAAAAGUUAAGCUGCUCGUAGCAUACUGGGCCCAUUUUAUCAACAACACGGACCAAUACCUAAAAUCUCUCCUCUACACCAACAACCUAUGCUCGUCGUCUAGUUACAACAAAUGCCGUGGGAAAAUGGAGAUAAAGUAUUAUGUUGUCCCAGGAUUCAACUCGACUGGUCCAGCUGUCCUUAACGGUACGGCCACUGCAAAUGUGUAUCCAGGCUACACGAGGGUCAACCAUGGAAAGUAUGCCGUGAGCGACGUGAGGGCCCACGUUGGGACGAGCAAUCUGAUGUGGGACUACUUUUACACGACAGCUGGCAUUAGCUUUGGGACGUACAACGCUGUCAUUGUGUCUCAGCUUCAAGAAAUAUUCGAUGCCGAUUGGAGCUCGCCUUAUGCGGUUCCUGUUGGUCCGUUGGAGGACCGGUUUUUGUGUUCCAGCUGA